GCCCUUUUUGGUGAUUAUUAAUGGCGGAACAGAAGCGAGAUUAGACGGACACGUCGUCCUCGUCUUCUUCUCCUCUCUGCUGCUACUGUUCUCCCACCAAUCGCAUCCCGCGCCCACGCUGCGGAGAUCUGAAUGAUUGAUUGAUUGCUUGCUCGCUUGCUCCUCCUCCUCCUCUUCCUCCUCCUCUUCUUAUCUGCCUCGCUCGCUUUCGUCGUCGAAUCCCACUGGUCGUGGAGCAAAUCUGCCAUUCUGUUCCUUUUGGUGGAAGUUUGUUUAGUUCUUGAUUUUCCCCGUGGAUUCAUUGCUGGUUGGUUUGGGGGGAGGGAUUGGAGGGAGGGCGUGUGGUUGGGUCCGGUCUGAGCACAGAAGAGCACGGGUUGGUGCGGGAAGAGGGAGCUCGCCGUGUUCUGCGCGGUUUUGUUUAGAUUUUCAGUGCGGGAUUCUGGAUUGGUUGGGAGCAUGCAAGAGGAAUAGAACAGCAUCUGUGUGAAGGAUUUUUUUUUUCUGGGGGGGUUGGAGAAGUUGGAUUCUUGGGCGCCCAUGGCGUCGAGGGACUUCUUGGGCGUGUUCGGCGGCGGCGAGAGGAGGGCGACGGCGGAUGGGUCCGGGAGCGCGGUGGGCGGCGAGUCGGACGAGAUCGAGCUGAGCCUGGGGCUCUCCCUGGGCGGCCUUUUCGGCACGGACAUGUCGCCGGACGCCAAGCGCGCCCGGCUGGCGCGGUCGUCGUCCAUCGCGUCCGUCUGCUCGGUGUCCGCCGCCGACGGGGACCCGUCACCCGCGGCGCCGCUGCCGCUCCUGCGCACCAGCUCGCUGCCCACGGAGACCGAGGAGGAGCGGUGGCGCCGGCGGGAGAUGCAGAACCGGCGCCGCCUGGAGGCCCGGCGGAAGCGGCUCGAGAGGAGGAUCUCCGUUGGGUCGUCGUCGGCGGGGCCAGGCAAGCCCGGCAGGGAGGACGGCGGCGACGGCGCGGUCAACAGGUUGCAGCUGAGGAGGUCAAUCGGGUCGCAGGGGAGCAGCUCGGCCAAACCGCAGGAUCAAGGUCCUGAUGGAAGUGCAGUUUGCCAAUCCACAGAGGCGAGAAGCCCAUCGACCUCUGAUGAUACCAACCAAAAUAGCGGGCUUCCGCUGGCAGCAUCAACCGGGAAACCGUUGAAUGGCACCGCAACCCAGCCGCCUCCGCUGCGGACUCUUGGCUCCCUGACAAUGCGAACGAGCAGCACGGGCGACAUCGGGAAGAUCAUGAUGGACAUGCCAAUGGUGUCUUCCAAGGUGGAAGGGCCCAAUGGCAGGAAGAUAGAUGGCUUCCUGUACAAGUACAGGAAAGGUGAGGAUGUGAGCAUAAUGUGUGUCUGCCAUGGUAAAUUCCAUAGCCCUGCGGAGUUCGUGAAGCACGCUGGCGGGGGGGACGUCUCGAACCCGCUUAGGCAUAUUGUCGUCAAUCCCUCGCCAUCGGUGUUCUUGUAAUCACUACCUAGAGAGGUUUUUUUUCUGUCAUACUCUUUACCUGUUGUAACCUGUAACCUGUAACACUUUUGAUAAACACCCUGUUUCCGUGCGUGCAGCGGAAGAGGGUCCAAGCAAAUUCACCAAA